AUGACAAGUCUCUCCAUCUUAUCCACGCUGGAGGAGGUGAUACCAGUAUCGGACGAGGACCUCAGAGCUGGUAUCGGAUCAUUGGCCCCUCAAAUUGUUACAGAAUACGUGUUCUACCUGAGAAAUGUAGAGAGAGAAAUCCGAUCGGAUAAGGAUGUAGCAGUAGUGGAGAAUGUACGGCUAAAAAGAGAGUUCGAAACAUUACAGAACGAACUAGACAGGAACAGGACCAGGGGAAAGCUAAACUAUGAUGCACCUGCACCGCCCUCUGCUCCACCCCAAUACGAUGCUUUACCCGACCAUUCCACUCCUAGCUGCUCGGGACUCAGUUUAAGUGCAGGUGACUCGCAACCAUCAUCCUCUACUAAUCGACCUGUUGUCCAAAUAGAAAUUAGCAGCAUAAUUAUGAAAUGGGAUGUUUACAUUUACAAGAUAUUCAACCAAAAAUAUCAUGGACCGCUAUUUUCUGCAAACGAUUUAGCUAAAGGAAAAUAUAAACUGGCUUUGGUAAACGAACGGUAUGACUAUGAAGAUGGAGGCAAGGAGAUAAUGUCAUUAUGGGGACCACGAGUGAAUGAACCUCAACCAAUAUUCAAUAUAAUGAGCGAGUUUGGUACUUUGUUUUGUGAUAAAAAUAUUGCUUCUUUUGCUGAAAAGAAAAAAGUAGAUUGGGUAAUUAAAAAGAUGAGCGACGGAGCCUAUAUGAUAUACAAUUGGAAAACGGGACAAGCAUUAAAGUGUGACGACGCUAAAGAUGACAGAGGCAAUCACCAAGUUCGGGCAAUCAAACCAAGACCGAAUGAUAAAAAAGAUGGAAGCAAUCGUUGGAUUUUACAAUUAAUGAAAAACCCGAUUAACCCGGUUUAGUCAGGAGGUUUAGCCAGGAGGUUUAGUCAGGCGGUUAAGUCACGAGGUUAAGUCACGAGGUUUAGUCACGAGGUUUAGUCACGAGGUUUAGUCACGAGGUUUAGUCAGGCGGUUAAGUCACGAGGUUUAGUCAGGAGAUUUAGUCAGGAGGUUAAGUCACGAGGUUUAGUCAGGAGGUUUAGUCACGAGGUUAAGUCACGAGGUUAAGUCACGAGGUUUAGUCAGGAGAUUUAGUCAGGAGGUUAAGUCACGAAGUUUAGUCACGAGGUUUAGUCACGAGGUUUAAUCAGGCAGUUAAGUCACGAGGUUUAGUCAGGAGAUUUAGUCAGGAGGUGAAGUCACGAGGUUUAGUCACGAGGUUUAGUCACGAGGUUUAGUCACGAGGUUUAGUCAGGAGAUUUAGUCAGGAGGUUAAGUCACGAAGUUUAGUCACGAGGUUUAGUCACGAGGUUUAAUCAGGCAGUUAAGUCACGAGGUUUAGUCAGGAGAUUUAGUCAGGAGGUGAAGUCACGAGGUUUAGUCACGAGGUUUAGUCACGAGGUUUAGUCACGAGGUUUAGUCACGAUCUUUAUCAGAUCCCAACACUGGUCGGAUGUUAGUGGUACUAAAUGAUAAACAUGGAGACGACGGUAGAGCACUAGUUCACGAAACUCCACAUAGCAAAGCAAACGAGUGCUGGAUGAUCGAGUAUAUCGACAAUGAAAACAAAAGUUUGGGGUGCAGAAUACGAAAAACUCAAGAUAGACAUAAAGAUAAAUACCUCGUAUCGAGAAGGCAGCGGGAUGAGGCAACGUUUUGGGUCGACGUAACGAAAGAUGUUGCAGAUGCGACUUUGUGGAAGAUUGAUAAACUUAGAACUUAUUACGACCAUGAAGGCGAAAAACACGUGAUAAUGAAACGCUAAAAUAAUAUUAACUCUAGUGGCUAGUACUUAACCGUCUUUCUGAUUAAAUGUUAGUCUGGAUAUCCAAAAACAAAAUUGAAGGCUGAAUAUUUGGAUUUUUAUCAGCAAAUAUCUUAUUGUACUGGUUGGGGAAAUUCUUUGUAGGUUUGCAAAAUUUACAAUGUGUUGUCUGUAUUUCUCAUUUCUCAUUUUAGUGCAUAUCAUCACAUCAUGAAUUUCACUUUAUUAUAUGAUUUGAUUGCUUUUGAUAUUUUUGUGUGAUUCUAUUUGAAAUUCUAUUUAAAAUUCAAGAUUUUCGUUGGCCCAUACUUGUGCAGGAGGUGCAUUUUGCCCUCAACAUCUGUGUUUUGGUGACCUUCAGGUCCUUUGAUUACAUACAUUUUGUCCUAGAAAAUCUGAUUUUAUCGGAGUCUUAUACUUUUGAGAAGAUUUAAUGUUGUUCAUUGUGUAAAUUUGUAUGUAAUUGAUUGAUUUGAAAGAUUUCAAUAAAAAAAAGAUGUUUUUACCAAGGUAGAUUCUAUUUGUAAUGUAUGAUCAUUGAUCCUGUUGAUAAUAAUAUCUAAUCAACACUUAAAUAUGAUACAAGAGGAACACCAUCUUAGGACGGGACGAGAAUUAUAACUCCUCGGAGUCCAUUUAGUUUAAAUUAAUUCCUUCAAUAACGUCCUCAAUAAAUGGAUUUAUUUGUAUUUGUGAAAAUAGUUUAAAACUA